GGUCGUUGCCGGUAUCUUAGACACAUCUGCUACUUACAAAAAUAUAACGGACAACAAAUAUUGUUUUAUGGGGACGGUUCAAAAAGUUUUAACAUUUCUUCAAGAUGAAUUGAAUAUACAUACUUAUAAGUCAGAAAGGUUAUGAAUUUGAUAAGUAUUUGGAAAAUAAUAUUCAAAAUUUGUUGAUAUGAACAAUAUACUGAUAACAGGAUCACCUGGUGUAGGAAAAACUACUUUGGUGAAGAAAAUAAUCCAUAGACUGAAAACAUCAAACGUUGAAUGUGGUGGAUUUUAUACAGAAGAAGUAAGAAGUUAUAAUAGCAGGAUAGGAUUUGAUAUUGUGACAUUAAAUGGCGAAAGGGCAAUAUUAUCUAGGAAAAAGUGUACCUUUGUUUAUUAUAGUCCCCCUCAGGAUGGAAUACAGAGACCAUUAGUUGGUCAAUAUGCUGUUUAUGUGGAUGACUUUGAGAAACUUGCAUUGCCUGUUUUUGAGAAUCUACAAAAAAUCGUGGUGAUAGAUGAAAUAGGAAAAAUGGAAAUGUUUAGUAAAAACUUUCAGAAUAACGUUAGGGAAGUUUUCGAUAAUAAAACAGUUCAAGUCAUUGCUACAAUUCCUGUGAAAGGAGGACCUUCUCUAGUAAAACAAUUGAAAGAGAGAAGAGAUUGUCAACUGAUAACAGUGAAUCCCAGCAACAGAGAAAAUUUAGUAGACGAGAUUGUAAAAUCAUUGAGUCUCCAUUGAAAAUUAUUUGCAUUGUUAUCUAUACAAUUAAAAUGUCAUUCAUAGAAA